GCGAAACGUUUCGAUGCGAUGCUUGUUUCAAAUGUUUCGAAGCUGGUUCAGAGUGCCGUGGAGACAACAGAGUUGGGAAUCUGUCCAGCUGGAGGAAUACUGAUUUUUUUUCACAGUCGGUAAGGAGAGGGUUCGGCAGCUGUCUGCUAGCUGACACAUCAUGCUUCCAAUUCGGAGGUACUCACACCGAGCCCACAGAUGCAUCGGGGCAUUAAAAGCUGUUCAGACAGAUCAUGCCACCCCUCAGCUGUACACAGCAGUGCACAGACGGACGUGCACUUCUGUGCCAACACCUCGUAUCACAACACAUUACACUAUCCAUCCUCGGGAUAAAGAUUCACGAUGGGAAGGUGUUGAAAUGGAGCGGUUUGCAGAUGAGGCAGAUGUGGUAAUAGUCGGUGGUGGCCCUGCAGGACUUUCAGCAGCCAUUCGUCUGAAGCAACUGGCCACUGAACAUCAGAAAGAGCUGCGAGUCUGUCUUGUGGAGAAGGCAUCUCAGAUUGGAGCUCACACCUUGUCUGGAGCCUGUCUGGAGCCCAGUGCUCUACAAGAACUCUUCCCUGACUGGAAGGAAAGAGGAGCACCUCUUAACACGCCAGUGACUGAAGACGUGUUCAGCAUUUUAAUGGAGAAAGGCAGAAUUCCUGUCCCCAUGUUGCCAGGUCUGCCUAUGAGGAACCAUGGCAAUUACAUUGUGAGGCUGGGGAACUUUGUACGUUGGCUGGGAGAGCAGGCUGAGGAGCUUGGAGUGGAGUUAUACCCUGGUUAUGCAGCAGCUGAGGUUUUGUUUCAUGAAGAUGGAAGUGUGAAAGGAAUUGCCACCAAUGAUGUUGGCAUUGCCAAGGAUGGCUCACCAAAGGACGUGUUUGAGAGGGGAAUGGAGCUACACGCUAAAGUCACAGUGUUUGGAGAGGGCUGUCAUGGACACUUGGCCAAGCAGCUUUACAAGCAGUUCAACCUGCGUGAGAACUGCGACCCUCAGACCUACGCCAUUGGCCUGAAGGAGUUGUGGGUGAUUGAUGAGAAGAAGUGGAGGCCCGGCAGAGUGGAGCACUCUGUGGGCUGGCCCCUGAAGAGGAACACCUAUGGUGGGUCUUUCCUGUAUCACCUGAAUGAAGGAGAGCCGCUGGUGGCUUUGGGCUUUGUGGUUGGUUUAGAUUAUACCAACCCUUACUUGAGCCCCUUCAGAGAGUUCCAACGUUGGAAACACCAUCCCUUUAUAGCUCGAACCCUCGAAGGAGGCCAUCGGAUUGCAUACGGUGCAAGAGCCUUGAACGAGGGAGGAUUUCAGAGUAUCCCAAAACUGACAUUUCCAGGAGGGAUGCUGAUUGGCUGCAGCCCUGGCUUCAUGAAUGUGCCAAAGAUCAAAGGCACCCACACAGCCAUGAAGAGCGGCAUCCUGGCUGCUGAGGCCCUUUUCCCCAAAGUCACAGCUGAGAACCAGGACUCACCGACUGCAGGACUCCAUGUACCAGAGUAUUCUGAGGCCUUGAAGAACUCGUGGGUAUGGAAAGAGCUGUACGCAGUGAGAAAUAUCAGGCCGUCUUUCCAUAAUUACUUUGGCCUGUACGGUGGGAUGAUCUACACUGGAAUUUUCUACUGGCUCCUCAGAGGCAAAGAACCAUGGACGCUUAAACACUGUGGACUUGAUUCAAACCAGCUGAAACCGGCUAAAGAGUGUACACCAAUUGAAUAUCCCAAACCUGACGGCAAGCUAAGCUUUGACCUGCUGUCCUCUGUGGCCUUGAGUGGCACCAACCACGAGGGGGACCAGCCACCCCACCUGACCUUAAAGGACGACAGUGUUCCUGUGGAUCAGAAUUUGGCGAUAUACGACGGGCCCGAGCAACGUUUCUGCCCUGCAGGUGUGUAUGAGUAUGUUCCCUUGGAAACAGGAGAUGGGAUGAGAUUACAAAUCAACGCUCAGAAUUGUGUCCACUGUAAGACCUGUGAUAUCAAGGAUCCAAGCCAAAAUAUCAACUGGGUUGUGCCUGAAGGUGGUGGUGGACCAGCCUAUAAUGGAAUGUGAUUUUGUUUUUCUUUCUUUAUCUCCUCACCAGGGCCAAGGUAUGAUAUCAUGUUGUUUUAAGUUUUGGCAAAUGUAUGAAAUAAGAUUUUUAUAUAGCUGCAGUUUGGUGCGUUCAAAAUAUUUAACUGCCGAAGGUAAGGGAUCAGAUCACCCGCUUAAAUUGUGAAGCCCAAAUAAAAAAAAAACAAAACCAUCUUUAAAAUGUUGGUUUUUGCCUCAUAUUAAGGCUAUUUAAAAAAAGACAAUUGAGACUAAAUGGACUUGUGCCUUUUAAAUCAUAAGUACU